AUGGCCGUGUUAUUGCGCACGGUUCCGGUUCUUCGGGAUGAAACUAACGCCAUACCCAAGUACAUGGAUUCGGUGAAAAGAGGAAAGAAAGAGUAUGUUUUUAGUGGAGAUAAAGGUUGCAUUUAUAGAAAGAGGAUGGCUAUUGCAAGAAUGUUGCGGAUAGAGCUAUGUUAUGAAGCUACUGUAAUGGGAAAGUAA